ACGGCAUUGCAAUCGGACGAGAAUCACCUAAUCCGGAUAGGGGGUAUGGCUUAGGAGUAUAUCAGGUAUAAUCCAACAAGACAGCCUUCUGCUUGCAACAACAACAACAAGAUCAGCGGCAACAACAAUAGCAACGACAACUAACAGAGAGUAUCAAAUAUUGCAACCUCUUCGCCGAUCAUGCCGAACAGAUAUUGUCCUCUUUGCGACGUCUUAAUUGACGUCUGGAUAAACCCCGGCGACGGUCUAGCCAGUCCUGAGUAUCCUGUCAGUUGGUUACAAGAAGUUCGAGCCGUACGGACUACGGAGGGCCUCAAAUUUCCGUUUGUAACGGGUGUUGGCUGGCUGGAGUCGGAUGAAUGCAUCAUCGCUCCUAUCGCGUAUGAAUGUCAUUAUCGUGACUGUGGUCCGCAGCAACAACUAGACGACUAUUUUACAGGACACCAGAUCAGUUAUUAUGCGGAGGGAACGGCAGGAUAUUGGUGCUACGCCGUCCACAACGCCUGCUGGGAGCUUCUCAGAGACCGAAUCGAUCCAGAUCAUGACUUUUCCCCGGACAAGUUGGCCCAACACUUAUUCGCUUUAUUGUAUAACACCCCUGUGAAUCACGCGAACAAGGCUCUCGUUCCUGGCCAUGACUACGGCCACGCCUCUGAUUUCCACUUACGAAGCGGGGAGCUAUAUCAUAAUUAUUUUACACGUUUGAAAGAAUCUGACUAUUUCUUCAUUACCGGCGAUGUGGCCGAGAAGUUCGAACCGGACGAUGAUGGCCUUGAGGAUGGGGCAUUAUCCCUCUACGUCGGCUCCGCUCACCUCGGCACGCACCGCGGAAAUUAUGGCGAGUCAGAUGCAUUGUGCCUACUCCCUGGGGAACUCAUCAUGCUUGUCCUUGCUUGUCUACCAAGCAAAGAUGUUUGCAAGCUACGACUCAUUUCUAGAUAUGUAGCAGAUCUCUCCUCUCCGAUGUUACUUGAUCAGAAGUUCUGGUCUAGCCGAUUCGAUCCCGAGUUCGAGAUGGGGUUUGUCUUCGCCGGCCUCUCCAAACCGAGGCCUAUAGAGCCUGCAAACUGGCGCACGCUGUAUUUCAAAGCCAAGGCGGCUCUAAGGUCCGAAAUGUUCUACGGCCUCAAAAACCGACGUCGUAUUUGGCAUAUAUUUCAACAUAUAUAUGAUGCCCUACACGUACGCUUGGAAAACGAACAGUGGAUAGACAAAGACCUCCCAUCGAUUACGGCGAGACCAUUGCCUCAGGGUAUGGUAUUCGCAGAGGCGCGCUUCGAAUCUAUCAAUCCUCGCAUUCCUCAUACGAUGCUUCCACUUGAUUUGAGCUGCCGGCUCUUCGGGUGGCGAAAUUUCACCUGGCCACGAUCUCUAGACAGCGUGUCUAAGACGUUGCGGGUUUCAACUAUUAACCUAAACGGUAAGACACACAUCAGCGGUUUCCGCCUUCUCACGACCGGCGGCCUGGACAAUGUCGACGAAUUGCCUAGGGUGGCAUUCGUUAAUCCGCGUAAAGAACACGAAAUACUCAUGGGCCCCAAUAGCUCUAUAGAACAACUCGAUGUUGCCAUGGCCACGAAGGGUAUAAUAGGUUUGCGUUUUCAUAUUCGAGGCUUGGAAGACUCGUGCACUACCUCAAUAGGGGAUAUGGAACUCACAGACCCAGGAAGUGGAAUUGCCAAACUAGUUCCAAGCGACGGUAUGCGGUGCAUUGGCUUCCACCUCGGGCUUGACGCGUGCAAAAUAAUAUCCAUUUCCUUUAUAGAGCAAGCGGCACAAGCUUUAUCCAAUUCUAUAGAGAAGUACUCAGACCAGGCAUUCAAGAACGCAGAGCCGCUAGAGGUGUGGAAUCCGAAUAUCCCUACGAUUUCUCCAGUGUGGUAUCUCCCCGACGCUUCACCCACACAGUACUUCAAGUUGUGCCUCAACAUGGAUUUUGGUGGCCCCGACGGACGAUUACUGCAGUCGCUCGUCAGGGUUGACGUCCUAAUGGGACGUUAUCCGUCAGUGUUUUUGGGAAUUUGUUUCAUUUAUGGAGAUGGGAGCGAGCGCCUUUACGGUCGUAAGUCGUUCAGAAGCAGUUUCGAAUAUAUAGUCAGCACGCCGGCGAUUCGACAGAGUUUCUUCAUCAACGGCCCUCGUGGGGAAUUGAUAACUCAAAUAGUCCUUUCUCGGUAUCCCGAUGAGGAUACUAUCCAGGCUAUCACGGUCUCGACCAAUUUGGAUAGGACGAACCAAUUUCGCCUGUACGGAAGAGAUUCUACAGGGCCCUUCAAGGGUAGGGAGGUACUUCAAGUCCUGCAACCCGAGCCAGGAAUGCACUUUACAAGUUUGUAUGCGAAGGUUCAGUCACCCCUCGGACACUUUCGAGACCUUUCCACCUAUUCUCAAGUCGUAAGUAUGAAGCUACAAGAGCCUAUAUUUGAGCCAUCAGGAGUUCCGCAUCACAUUCCUAUCACUGUCGAUAUUCAGAAAUUGGCCGAAGACAUAUUGGCUUAUCCCCGAGGAUUUGCUUUCACGGCUGCGGAUUUAUCAGGUCUUAAGAAGAUCCGUGUUUCAGUAAAUGACGAAGAACAUACCGGCGUACAAGGCCAUAUCUCGGGCCUGUGGCUCGAAUAUCACGACUCUAACGUGCCGGUAAUUUUAGGGCAAUGGAUAAAGGAGCUUGAUAGCUUGGAUCUGUCGUUGGGAGAAAGAGUAACAGAGGUGGUGACCUGGCACGAUUACACAAACCAACAUAGGCGAGUGAAGUAUGGUCCUAUCAAGAGACUUAGAAUAGGGACUAUCCGUGGCAACAGCAAGGAAUUUCUAGAUUCCCACCGCGGUGGAAAGAUACGUCUGCAGUACCGAGAGAACCCUUACGAAAAAUUGAGUGGAAUUCUCUGGGGGUGUAACUAUGAAUGGGAUCAUGUACGAAUCUUCCACUCGCCGAGGACAAACGGUCUCGCAGCACUGUCGCUUGCAUAUUCGGAUGGCCAUUCAUGUCCCCCGUGGGCGGUUAUGCAAAAGAUAUUCAUGCGGGAGAUUCAUGAAAACGGUCGGCCAAAUCCCGUCACGACCAUCGAAGUAACCUUUAAGGAAAUAGCCAACGAAAUUUCCGGCGUUACCUUCAUUUACGAGAAUGGAAGACAAAUUACUCUUGGCAUUCGGGGGACAGAUGGAAGUGAGAUGAGCCUUUCUUCUGACGAGAAGCUAGCGCAGUUGGAAUUGGAAGGCAACCGAGAACAUCACAUCAUCUCCAUGGCUCUCUUGACGACAUCUGGUCGAAGAAUGGAUUUCUCGAAACAGAAAUCUGAUAUCGUCAAGCGCACUGUCCAGCGAACGAUCUAUACCCUUGACCAGUCCUGCCCUAACCAACCAAGCGUGCUUGGUGGUAAUUAUCAUCCAAUCCCGAAGGGCGCAGGUUCAUUUACCGGUUUCUGGGCCUUACCGAGGCGACUUGGGAGUCUCCGGUAUGGCAGAUUCGGGCCAAUUUUCGAAAAAGUAAGUGGUGAGGGUUUGGCGGGAUAGACGCAGAGCGAGUUGCGGGAAUGCUGGCCAAGUUAUAUUUCAAGCAAUUCUUGUCUAGUUGUGUGUUUACUUGAUAUUAGAUCUGGCGAAUAAUACGCCUAGGCACCGAUUAGUCAAGCGAAAUAUGUGCAGACCACCUUUCACAAGGGACAUAAGAAUAGCCCUCAUAACUAUAGACCCAUCAAGACUUGUUUUUUUUUUUUUAAAAA